AGCUUCCAUCUUUUCCAUGGAAUAGGGUCCAAAACCCUAUUGACUCAUUGACCAUCAUACCCCUCUAUCUUUCUCCCUCGCAGAAUGUGCCCCCAAUGUGAACUGUGGACGCCAUUGUAGGCUGCUAUUUGUCCUUUAUCUCAGCAGGGAGAUUCUGGUCAUUUCGCCCCAGAAAGAGGAAAGCUUUCUUGUUGCUUCUUCGUCCUUCUUCAAUCCAGUUGCAUCAAAAGGAGAUGAAAAGUAAAAGCAACCCAUUUGAUUUCAAGUACAAGCCAUUGCUUCCCGUAGAUUAUUAGGUCUCGUUUUCUCAAAUGGGAGGAGCCCUUCAACUUCAAGCAGCUGCAUUUCUCUUCUGGGUUUUACUGUGCGGCAGCAUUGCUGCUGCCCAGGAUGAAGAAGAAUGGAAGACGGCCACUGCAACAUAUUCCAACGAAACUGAUGGGUCCAUCAUUACUGAAGGUGCGUGUGGUUAUGGUGACCUUCACAGGAUCAGCUAUGGGAAGCACAGUGCUGGGCUGAGUGGCAUUUUGUUCAACAAAGGGAGUACCUGCGGCGCUUGUUACGAACUGAGAUGUGUUGACCACAUCUUGUGGUGCCUGCAAGGGAGCCCCUCUGUUAUUCUCACUGCUACAGAUUUCUGCCCUCCGAAUUUCGGGCUCUCAAAAGAUUAUGGUGGCUGGUGCAAUUUCCCCAAUGAACACUUUGAGAUGUCUGAGGCAGCAUUUGGUGAAAUUGCAAAGAAAAAAGCCGAUAUUGUGCCAGUUCAAUAUAGGAGGGUGAAGUGUGAGAGAAUUGGAGGGAUAAGGUUCCUGGUGGGUGGGAGUUCUCACUUCUACCAAGUCCUGAUCACCAAUGUAGGUUCAGAUGGGGAGGUUCUUGCUGUGAAAGUGAAGGGUUCAAGGACCGGGUGGAUACCGAUGGCCAGGAACUGGGGACAGAACUGGCAGAGCAAUGUCAAUCUUAAAGGGCAGCCUCUUUCGUUCGAGGUAACUGUAAGUAGUGGAAGAACACUAACAUCUUACAAUGUUGCUCCAGCAAACUGGCAGUUUGGCCAGACAUUUGAAGGGAAACAGUUCUGAAACAGAACAUAGAUCAACUCAUGGUCAUGUGUCCCUUUGUCACUUCAGUUUUUUCUGCUUUCCUAUAUAAAGUUUAGGUUUGUGGUCAAAAAGAAGAAGGGAAAAUUGUAGGAGAAAGUUGAAAAAAUGGGAAUACGAGGUCCCAGUUUUGUCUUUAAGGAUAUGAUGCGUAGAAAGUGUAGUACUUGAUGGAACAUGUAAUUAUUUAAAAGUAAAGUUAUGCCCCUCGAUUCUUCGGUAUAAUCCGACUUUAGUGGUUAUAUUUGCUUUA